UCCGAUAGAUGGCAUAAUGUUUCAAUGUUUCGAUUAUCGACGGGGUUAAGAUAUUCAAUGACAGAAUAACUUUUAAGAUUAUUUUUCGUAUAUUUUAGUAAGAUAAAGUCGGAAAAUAAAAAUGGUUUAUAAUAUUUAAUCAAUAUUGAACAGAUGUGUUUGGUGGUUGUUUAUAAUGCGAAUGAUGGUUCGUGGACUUAUGCUUUGUAUGAUGUGACAUGACAGCUUACUCAUUUAUAACAUAAGAAUAAAUUAAACAAUCAAGAGGAAAGUUUUAAUAUAUAAAGAAUGAACACUGGAAACAUUUUUACUGGUGAAGAGAAAGAAUUAUCUGACAAAAGAUCAGAAGUUAAGGGGAAAAGUUGGAAACGUGAACGUGAAGAGAGAGGGCGAAGACAACAAUUGAGAGAACAAAACCAAUUUACAUCAACAAAUGAUAAUAUAGAAGUUCAAGAUAUUUUGCCACUUUCUUCUGAUAACCAAAAUAUUUAUAUUGACAUAAAAAAUAAUGAAUGCCUUCAAGAAGAACUAAAUAGGGAAACCAAUGAAAUUGUGGAAGAAAAAAAGGGAUGGGGAGAUGGUUGGAAAAGAAAAAAAGAAAAUAGUAUUGAAGAAGAAAAUGAAAUAAUUGAUGUUCCUAAUGUUAAUAAACAAGAUGAAGUUUACAGUUGUGAAGAUAAAACAUUUGAAGAAAUACCAAAGAGGCAGUUAGAAGUAUUCUUAACAGACACUACAGAAAGACUUGCCAUAAAAGCAGAAUUGAGAGCUGCAAAUAGUAAUGCUGCAGCUAACCGUCCAGAAGAAUCUUUCUUCAGCAGAUUAGAUUCGUCAUUGAAAAAAAAUACUGCUUUCAUUAAAAGAUUGAGAAAUAUGACUGAGGCACAAAGAGAAUCCUUAAUUAAAGACAUGAGUGGAUUAAAUUUAACUAAAUACAUCAGUGAAGCUGCUGCUGCUAUUGUAGAUGCAAAAUUAAAGAUGUCAGACGUUAAUAUGGCAGUUCAGGUUUGUUCUCUACUUCAUCAACGUUAUGCUGAUUUUUCAAUGCAGUUGCUUGAAAAUUGGCAAAAAGUGUUACCUUUGAAGAAAGAUGAAAAGAUCCACACAACUCAUCAUUUAUUAAUGAGAUUUGCUCAAGAUAUUCAGUAA